AUGCCCAUAGUAAAUCACAUUGCUGUUAUCGGGGCUGGUCCAGCGGGAUUGGCAGCUGCGAAAGCUCUUGCUUUAGAGCCCGCGAACUGGAUCAUCGAUGUAUUCGAGAGACGGGACAGUAUAGGUGGAGUGUGGAAUUUCACUGAAGACAAGAGCACAGUUGCUCCCCCAAUUCCAUCCACAGACCCAAACGGUGAGGAAAAACACACAGAAUAUGGCAAUCUGGAAAUUCAAUUUCCCUCCUCGAUGUAUAAAAAACUAGAAACAAACCUCACCGACACCCUCAUGGAAUAUAGCAACGUGCCAUUCCAGCCACGCAAGUCCAAAUUCAUUGAUCGCUCCGAAGUGCUUCAGUACUUGCAUAAGUACGCUGAUACGAUCCCCAAGGAUGUUCACUUCAACUUCAAGACAAAUGUGCUAGGCGUCAAGAAAAAUUCGGGGGAAUCGAAAUGGACUGUGACCACUGAGAAUUUGACCUCGGCCAAAAAGACCACUGAUGCAUACGACGCAGUGGUGGUCGCAAACGGUCACUAUGAACAUCCCUUUAUUCCAGACACUCCAGGCUUAAAGAAAUGGAGUGAAAGGGAUCCGCAUUCUGUGACUCACUCCAAGUAUUUUGUAAGCUCUGCUGACUUCAGAAACGAAACUGUGCUUAUAAUUGGUAACUUUGCCAGUGGCAUGGAUUUGGCUAUGCAAAUCGGUACCACCGCAAAGCAAGUGUAUGUGAGCACCAAAGAUGAGACUUUGGAAGAGUCUCAGUACGACUAUGUAAAGAAGGUGAGACUUGUCACCAAAUAUGAUGUUUCCACAAGAAAAGCACACACCGUCGAUGGUGCAACUCUUGACAACAUAGACAGGAUUGUUUUUUGCACGGGCUUUCUCUACACCUUUCCAUUUCUCCGCAAUUACUCUGCAGAAAUUACUAACGGGGUGAGUGUGAAAAGCCUCUAUAAACAGACUUUCUACGUGGACGACCCAACGCUUCUGUUUAUUGGUUUAACUAAAAUGAACUCUCCAUUGCCUAUCAGUGAGUCCCAGGCCGCUGUAGUGGCCCGCGUCUUAUCCGGGCGGAUACUGCUACCAAGCGUAGAGGAAAUGCGGUUGAGCUACGAGGCUGAAUUCAGCGCCAAAGGUGAGAAGGAGUUUCAUUCAUUAAAAGGUUGUGAUUAUUUAUUUGCAAAUGAACUCUAUGACUGGAUCGUCAGAAGUGGCACAGAGAAAAAAGGGCUUUUGCCUCUGUUCUGGGAUGAAAAGAAGAGCAGCGAAAGAGAAGGUAUCUCGGAAGUCAAGAAAAACAGAAAUAUUGCAGUUGCCAAGUACGCUGAUCAGCUCCGUGCUGAAGGCCGCGAGUUUGAGUUUCCUAAACAAGAUUAAUGUCCGAUCACCAACUAGAAACUAGCUCCAUAGUUAUUUCAAAAUCAUUGCGAGUUAUAAAUACAUGGUUUUGAGUAGUGUUCAACAUGUUGAUGGGCUCUCUUUGAGACAACGUGGAACUAGAAGUAGGUUUGUUUGCUUGAAGCUUUACCAUGCACAACGCUGUGAUACUAUUCUUGCUCUUAACAGAAGUAGGUUUUUGCGAAAUGCUGGAUCCUUCCGAAUUAAUUUUUUUGCAAAGAUUUUUUGCAAAGAUUUUUUGCAAAGAUUGGGAAAUUGGACAAAUAAUGUGGGAAACCCCCGA